CCUUAUUGGUCAGUUCUCCGGAAGCUGAGUGAUGUGGUUUCGCGAGCGCUGCGCUACGACCUCGGGGCCGCCGGGCUCGGCGUGAGUGAGCUCCGGCUCAGGAUGUUCGUCCUGGUGGAGAUGGUGGACACCGUGCGCAUACCCCCGUGGCAGUUUGAGCGAAAGCUCAACGACUCCAUUGCCGAGGAGCUGAACAAGAAAUUGGCCAACAAGGUGGUGGUCAACGUGGGACUCUGCGUCUGCCUGUUUGACAUCACCAAGCUGGAGGACGCCUAUGUAUUUCCUGGGGAUGGAGCAGCGCACACCAAAGUCCAUUUCCGCUAUGUGGUGUUCCACCCUUUCCUGGAUGAGAUUCUCAUCGGGAAGAUCAAAGGCUGCAGCCCGGAGGGUGUGCACGUCUCCUUAGGGUUCUUCGAUGACAUUCUCAUCCCCCCAGAGUCCCUGCAGCAGCCUGCCAAGUUUGAUGAGACGGAACAAGUCUGGGUGUGGGAGUAUGAGACCGAGGAAGGAGCACAUGACCUUUACAUGGACACUGGCGAGGAGAUCCGCUUCAGGGUGGUGGAUGAGAGCUUUGUGGACACGUCCCCCACAGGACCCAGCUCAGCAGAGACUGCCUCUUCCAGUGAGGAACUGCCAAAGAAGGAAGCGCCAUACACGCUUGUGGGAUCGAUCAGUGAACCAGGCCUGGGCCUUCUCUCCUGGUGGACCAGCAACUAGCUUUCAAGUGUACAGUGACUGCCUAGACCUGUGGAAAGGAAGGGUAGUCGGCAAGUUCUGUGGAGUGCCAUCAGCGUGUCCUCUACCUCCCCAGCCCUGCUCUGCCUCCUGGAGCCAGCCCCAAAGUGCUCCCCGCUGGAUUGUUUUUGAGACAGUCUCAUGUGUCCAGGCUGGCUCUCACUUGCUGUAUAGCACAGCAUAGCCUUGAGCUUCUGCUACCUCCGGAGUGCUGGGACUGCAGGUGGCAGCACGUUGGGUCGGUGCGGUAGUGGGGACGGAGCAUGCUGGGCAGUGCUCUGCCAAUCAAGCUCCUUCUCAGCACAGGACUUUAAUUUCUAAAGUGCUGCAGAUGGAACCAGGGCCUCUUGACUCAUGUUAGGCAGGUCUUAUACUACUGAGCUAGGCCCUUUCUAUCCCUGUGAACUUCCGGUUUUCAGAGCCAGCAGAAACAGUUAAUAAACAGUGGUGUCGGCGGCAAGAAACCCCACCCCAUUUAAUAGUUUAUCAUGAUCCAAGGUCAUGGAAUUGCCAAACUGGGACAGCAUGUCCUGCCUGACAAGGCCCACAGGCAGUGGACUUCGGUAUUUCUAGCUAGCUUAGUGGCACUGUGUUAAAGGUAGAGGCCAUUCUGGAGCAGGUGUUUUGGGCUGGUGCUACUAGUUAGUGAUGCAGGUGGAGCACCAAGCUGCAGCCAUCUUUCCCCAGCAUCUAGGAGUAACCUCCCAAACCAGCCCUGUCUAGGAAAUGAAGGUGGUAAGGGCUGCUGUGCCAGGGGUUGCCACUGCCCCAACUGUGACCACAAGAACUCUGUGGGGCUAGUGAUGCCCUGGGUCUCACAAAUGACUGCCCAGUCCUGAUGUCCUUUCUCCUCCUGGUACUGAAAUACUUGUGUGAUAAUACUGUUCUGUGACAAACCUCCAUGGCCUGUCUAGGCCUUUCCAUGUGAGAGGACCAGGUAGUGUUAGCUGAGGCUGCCUAAUCAACAGGAGCCUAUCUUGUCCCAGCCUUCUGCUACAGAGGCCAGGGCAGCGUGCAGCACACGCUUAUGAGCUGUGGCUUGGGGUAGAUCCCUCUUCAAGCUGCUCUGUAGCCCACUGGACCUGGUCCACCUGCCUCUGCCUCCAAGUGCUGGAAUUAACGUGUGUGCCACCACUGCCCACUUUAAGAUCGGCACUGCACAUACUCGGGUAGUUAAAGAGCAGGUCUUAGCAUAUCAUCCUCGGGAACACAGCAGGAGGCAGGUCCUGCUCUAAAGUUCUAGUCUACUGAAGGUACAUGGUCAGGGCAGAAGGGCAUGGAAUAGUGUUGUUAUCACUCCGGUCUUUGCUGCAGUGACCAGGGUCCAGAUACGACCAAGGCCUGAUGAAGCCUCUGCUGACCUUGAUCUAAAAAGGUGAGAUGAAACUGAUAAAGAGACACCAACCACUCUCACACAGAACAGUCAACAGAUUUAGAUCUUUUUUUCUCAUCAGAAUAAAAGGUUCUCUAAAAUCCUUCAGCCACCAGUGAAAUGAUCAGGCAGAAUAAAAACUUCUGUAGAGGGAGUGCUGUCAUCAAAAAUAAAUACAGUUGCAUGGUU